AUGAAUAAGUAUGAUGUGUUUUUGAGUUUUUGUGGUGAUGAUACUCGCAAGAACUUCACCGGUUACCUCUUUAACGAGUUAGUAGGUAAUGGUAUUCGCACAUUUAGAGACGACAGUGAGCUAAACAGAGGAGAGGAUAUCUCUUCUAAAUUGAUGGAAGCAAUCCAAGGUUCUAGGAUUUCCAUUGUUGUCUUCUCUAAGAAUUAUGCUUCUUCGCCUUGGUGCCUUGAUGAGCUGGUGAAGAUAAUUGAGUGCACUAGAACUACCCUAACCCCACAAAGGAUUCUUCCUGUUUUCUACAAGGUGGAUCCAUCGGAUGUCGGGAGUCAGAGGAACGCUUAUGGAGAUGCAUUCGAGAAACACGAACAGCGUUUCAAGAAUCAGAUGUGGAAGGUGGUGAAGUGGAGAGAAGUUCUCAAAGAAGCUGCAAGUUUGUCAGGGUGGCAUCAAGAUAAUGGAAUGGUCGGGCAUGACGUGGAGUUGAUAAAGAAAAUUGUUAGUGAAGUGCUUACAAUAUUGUUCAGCCAGUCAUGCUUGCAUGUUGUAGAAUAUCCAAUUGGGUUAAAUUCCCACAUUGAGCGGCUAUUAUGUUUGCUUGACAUGUACUCCGAUGAUGUUUGCAUCAUAGGGAUAUACGGCUCUGGUGGAAUAGGUAAGACAACCAUAGCGAAGGCAGCUUUUAAUGUCAUUUUUCAAAAUUUUGAAGGUAGCAACUUUCUUGCUAAUGUUAGAAAGAAGGAUUUAGCUUUCUUACAACAACAGCUUCUCUCUGGUGUCUUGAAGAGGAAAAACGUAGACAAAUUCAAUAAGAACGAAGGAAUGAAUUUUAUCAAAGGACGUCUAUGCGGUAAAAAAGUUCUUAUUGUUCUCGAUGAUGUGGAUGAAACGGAACAAUUCUAUAAAUUGGUUGGAGGGCAUGGUUGGCUUGGUCCAGGAAGUCGAAUCAUCCUAACGACUAGAGACGAACAUUUGCUGGAUAGACUAGAGGUGGACAAAAAAUAUAUGGUCGAGACAAUGAAUCAGACUGAAUCCCUUCAACUUUUCAGUUGGCAUGCUUUUCGACAAGAUGAUCCAUUAGAAGACUAUGUACAACUCUCUAAUGAUGUAAUAAAUUAUGCAGGGGGCCUUCCAUUAGCGCUUGAAAUUUUGGGUUCUCAUCUAUACAAAAGAAGUCCAGUUGAGUGGGAAAGUGAAUUGAAGAAAUUAAGAAAGAUACCCAAUGAUCAGAUUUUAGAAAAACUUCUAACCUAUAAUGUAUUAUAAUUAGAUGAUU